GAUCAGAAGUCGCGAAGUCCAGAUGGAGAGGUUUCCACCGAAGACUGGAUGCGGCUGGUGUGCCAGUCUAUUGUCUCUGUCGUGUCUAAGGGAGACUGGCGCCGAGCUUUCUUGAGGAUCUGGUCCAAUGAGCAGCCAACGCCGGAUGCGGUCAUGUCCAUCUUUCCAGCGCGCUGGAAAGUCAACGUGCUCUCCUAUGUACUGUGGCAGCCGAAAUCCCAGCGGGCUAAGGGCAGGGAAGAGUCCAGAACUCAGGAGGCCCUCUCCGCGCGGCAGCAGAAAACCACGGUUUCCGGAGACCUGGAUCCGGGGCCGCCUCUGCCGCCUGCGGAGAUCGCUGCAAAGAUGGCGCAGAAAAUGACCGUGGCAGACAUUGCCAAAGUCUUCCAGGCCAGGGCCUUCGUUUUUGGCUUUGGUUAG